GAUAUUCUUUUGCUAUAUUCAAUUUCUUGGAAUAUUCUAGUAAAAGAUCAUUGCUCAUAUCACACGGUAACGUAUGCAUUCGACCAUCGAUCGUCGGCUUUAUAAGUUGGCUCUUUCUCAUUCCACACACUAUAAAUACUCGAAGCAAGCCUCCAUUGACGCUCUCAAAUCUCUCAUUUCAUUCUUUGCUCAUUUCCCCCAGCAAAGAAUUUCCUCCACAAGAAUCCCAUUUUCCAACCGACGUCAAAAAGAGCUCAUCACGAAGAAACGAACACAUUAAUUUUGAUUGCUCAAGACCAAAGGCAACAUGUCUUCCAUGAAGUUCUUAUGCAUCUUGGCUUGCUCUCUCAUCUUCAUCCAAGGGACUCUAGGUGAGAUCAUAUGUGAGGAGCUUCCGACACAAGUUUGUUCCUUCUCGAUCGCAUCGUCCGGGAAGAGAUGUUUGUUGGAAAACUACCAAGACAAAGACGGAAAAGUUGAGUACCAAUGCCGGACAUCGGAAGUGGUGGUGGAGAGAAUGGCGGAGCACAUCGAGACCGACGAAUGCGUGAGCGCUUGCGGAGUUGACCGGAACACCGUCGGAAUCUCAUCCGACGCCUUCUUUGAACCUCUCUUCACCGCCAAGCUCUGCUCUCCAGCUUGCUACCAGAACUGCCCCAACAUCGUCGACCUUUACUUCAACUUGGCCGCCGGCGAAGGUUAUUAAUUGCAUUCAUUUUUCCUGAUUUUCUGGACAUGCAAUUUUUAUUUUCCGGGGGAUUAAUUCGUGAAUUUUUAUUUAUUACUAUUAAUCGUUGACACUCUUAGCGUAAGUUGUUGACCAAUGACCAUUUCAUACGCGUUACGACUUUAGUCCUUGCAUAACAAUUUGACAACGAAAUUCAGUUUUUAAUUUCUUCAAAGUCGUGGUAAAACACAAUGCCAGAAUAACUAACAUUAGAAAAAAGAAGAAUGUCGUAUAUACUUAAGAGAAUAAUAAAGAUAACUUGAUCUGAUAAAAUGCCUUGCUUGGAACUUAAAUUUCUUCAUGAACAAUCAAAGUAUAUUUCUUGGUAAUUCAUAAAAAAAAAAGAGUAGUAUAUUUCUUGGUGAUUGGUAAUUAUAUAUGAUAACAUCUCUUUAUGUACCUUUUUUUUGGAAAAAAAAAUUGUUGGACUAAAAUAGAAGUAAAUGUCGUUAUUUUGUUGCAGGAGUGUACUUGCCCUCUCUGUGUGACAAGCAAAGGAGCAACCCCCACCGUGCGAUGAUCGAACUCAUGAGCAAUGGCGCUGCCCCCGGUCCAGUUGCCGCCGGAUCCGAAAAUCUGAUCGCCUCCGCUUCUUCCCCUGCUCCUUCCCCUUCAGAUUUCUAAAUUCCGCAUAUAUGUACUUUUUUUAUGGUCGCUGACUGAUUUCACAAUUAUGAGUUAAUAUUGUUGAGCUCAUAGUUCGUUUCAGCUGAUUCUUUCUGGAUUUUGCCUCUUGCGGGGAAACAAAAUUGGCAUCUGUUAGAAAGAGGAGAAAGUGAAUACACAUAGGUUUUUUGGGGGGUUAAUUUGUUCGGGGAAAUAUUUGUUUGGAAACCAUUUUUGUUCUUUUUGUGCUAUACUAUAUACAUAUUCCAUUUGUCACAUUCUAUUUGAGAAUGUAAUUUCAAUAAAAACAUUUUCGUAUCUUUUGGACUUUGUUAUUACACAUAUUAAUGUAUCUUCUCUUUCGUUAAUCUAUCAGUCUAUUCAAACUAUUACAGUUUCGAACAUAACGUUUUUGCUUAUGAUUCAUAUAUCAAGCAUUUUUCUUUUGAAAGUUCAACUUUAUAAAUGUAAUCUUCGUUGCUUCGGAUAUCUCAACUAGACAAGUUAAGGUGGAAUGGAUUCUCAUGCAUGGAGAUUGCUGUCACCAUUCAAAAUCUCGUUGGAAUAGUCCAAACAUUUCUUUUUUUUUUUGUAAUUAGAAUAAUAAAAAGUAACCAAAAAAAAAAAACAAUACUUCUCCCUGUUGCUCACGGUGAACACCCUGUAAUAUGAAAGAUAAACACUAAUACAGUACUUCGAUAGCAUCAUGCUCUAAGCAUUAUAUAAUAUUGAUCAAUCAACGAAGUGUAAAAUUAAGUAAGCUAGUUUCUCUACGAAUACGCCUGGCAAGGAGGAUAUCCUUAGGCAUGAUUGUAACCCGCUUAGCAUGAAUGGCAGCCAGAUUUGCGUCUUCAAACAAUCCCACCAAAUAGGCUUCCG